GGGUCGCCUCAGGGCGGCUCCGUGAGGGGAGCCCGGGGCGGCGGUGACCGGAGCGAGCCCGCCCACCGGGGCUCGGCCGGUUCUGCCCCCGGAGGGAUGCGCGGGACGCCGGUGCCCGGGACGCCACUCCCGCUGUUUGCCCAGGGCUCCUGUCCCCUCAGCCCCUCUCUGCCACCGGGCGCUCCCCGCAGCCGGCCCCGCCGGCGGGGGCCGGGCGCGGUGCGGCCCCGGGGCGGAGCGCGGGCGGUGCCCGCAGCCCCGGAGCGGUGCGGCGGGGUGGCGGUACCCAUGGCCCUGCCGGCGGAGGCGGACCGGCUGGAUGGGGGCUGGCAGGAGGUCUACUCUGCGCUCCAGUGGAUCCAGUUCACCAUGGCCAUGCUCAGCGUUGUAGGUUCCAGCUCAAUUAUUGCCUACGCCGUCUUCCAAAAUGCAGUGCGGUCCCCCGAGGUGCGUCCGCUUUUCUACCUGAGCCUCUCAGAUCUGCUGCUGGGCAUGUGCUGGCUGGCUGGGGCCCUGCUCUACAGCUCACCCACCUCCCAGCAGGACCUCAUCUGCUACAACCUGCAGGCCACGGGGCAGAUAUUCUACGUGGCCUCUUUUCUCUACACUGUCAACUACACCUGGCACCUGUACAUGGACCUCAAGGUGAAAUACAACCAGAACCUCUUCAGGGUGCCUCCCCAGGUUGUAGAUUAUGCAAGUUGUGUUGGCAGAAUAGCAACGAUCUUGUCAAGCCUGAUCCCUUUCCUCCUCAUGGUGCCGGUGUUUUGCCUGGGCAACAGCAGUAAUUGCUACCAGAACUUCAGCCAGAAGCACGGGUGUCUCCUGAUGCACACGGAGGUGGCCGAGCCCCCCAGCGAGCCGCAGGGCCUGAGCGGCUCCGUUUGCCGCGCCAUGCAUUUCUACGGCAUCGGCGUCUUCCUCGUCUCCUUCCUCAUCAGCUUCCUGGCCAUCCUGGUUAUCCUGAGUCAGGCCCGAGGGCUGUACAAGAGGUUUGUGAACUCCACAGGAUUCCUGGGGGAUCAGCAGUGGGCCAUGAUUAAGAUGGUGGAACAACGGGUGGUUUUUUACCCCGUUGCCUUCUUCUGCUGCUGGGCCCCAGCUGUCCUCCUUGGAAUGCUGAAACUGACUGCUUCAACAACCAGCAAAAUCUACAUGGCUCUGCUGAUCCUGCAGGCUCUCACGGCAGCUUCCCAGGGGCUCCUGAACUGCCUGGUGUACGGCUGGACCCAGCACGCCUUCCUGGCCCUGAAGAGCGGCUCCCGGCGGGACGUGGACACGCAGACCCCGCUCCUGCGCUCCCAGAAGAAAUUCUACUCCAGCACAGCCCCCGCCGGCCCGCAGGACACCGCGGGCUCCUCCUCCACCCUGCUCUGAUGCUGCCCUGCCUGCAGGGAGAGGCAGAAUCCUUCCUUCUCCUCCUUCUCCAGAGCCGGGGUGGAACUGUCCCUCGGGCCCGAGCCCCAGGCGCUCAGUGGACAUAGUAAUUUAUUUGAUGGAUUCUUUCAGCGUGGUAAAUCUUUAGUCCAGACUUUCUCCUCCUGGAAAUAUCCCUAGAAAUGCAGCAAACCACACGGAAAGGCUCAGAGAUCUGGUCCAGCUCCACGGAGGUUGAGCAGAGGCUGUUUUACUAUGUUUUAUUUCUCCAAGUCGUUGCCUUUGCAAAUUAACAAAAAGCAAAAUGAGGUGUUUUUUUUUUUUAAUUCACUCUAACCAUGAGAAUUUGCACCACCCGAAGAACCAAUUGCAGGGAGUGAAGAAUUGCAAAGGACAAAACCUGCCUGGAAUUUUUGCACAUUUCCCUUUCCUUCUUCCUGCCAAUUCCUGCUCAGCCACAAUACUCCCAAAAAUCAGCUGCUUCGGCCCUGUGGAGCAUCUCUCAUGAACCAGGUGAGCAGGACUUUGAAUCUCUCUUUGCAUUUCCAGAUGUUCAGAUGAAUUAUUUACUGAGGUCCCACCAUUCUAUAGGAAAUAAACCAGGCCUUAAGCUGUCUUGAAAACAACUCUUUACCUUUACACUCUUUAUUUUCCAACAGCUUCACUUUUUGGGUCCAAUCCAAAUUUUUCUCAUAGCAGGUUAGACAAGAAGAGGAAACACUCCAGCUUUGUGUAAUUAACUUACACAACAUAACUGUGUAAACUCUGGGUAAGUCACACAAGGGCCCUGGAGGUUUGGUCAAUGACUUAUUUUCUCCUACAGAGUGAGACCGACUGCAACAAUUCAAUUUUGCUGUUCUACAGGACAAAAACAAAGUUUUCAGCCAUCUUCUUCCACCUGGUCCUUCAAAUCCUCCUCUAGUCCCAAAGUUUGGUCAUGGAUGACUCUGUUUGUCCAGCCCCACACUUCCAAGGCAAACAUUCCACAGGGCGGAUGGGAUUUGUGCCCUGGCACUGGCAGGGCAUGAAACACACCCAGGUUCAUCCCUGAGAGCCUCCUGCACCCUCCUGGGACUGACCCCGUUUGUGGAGCCAGUGCAAUUUGUUUAAAAGGGGAUUAAGGCUUCCUAAGUGAUGGAAGAGUACCCAGGACACAAUGAUUGGAUUGCUAAUGGAGCAUCAGAGCUGGCAGUGGGGGCUGACACAUUCCCAGGGCUCCUCACACAGCUCAGCAGUCCCUCAGUGUUUGUUUGAGAGGAGUUUUCUUGCUGGAAAGAGCCAUUCCAUGGGCACUCCCAGCUGGGCUGGCUGCUCUAAGUGCUCCCAGGACAUUGUUCCCUCAGUCCCUUUCCCAGCCUGGAGGCUCUGAGGGUCUCUCACCACCCAACCCACUCUGAACUCCCCUGAGGCACCAAGCAGAGGGAGAUUCUGUUACAAGGAAGGAGCCUGAGCCCUCACAGCUGCCCCAUCUUGUGUCCUGAAAUGCUCCUGGGCCAAGGGUGUGUCUGGUUCCUGUCACCAAGUCAAGCCCUGCUCAGGCUAAAACCAUUUCCAGAGCAGGCAGGGCCCAAGGCUCUGUGUGCAGAGAGGUGAGGGAAGCAUUCCCUGGCCCUGGAAAAGCACAGGGCCAGCAGCAGCACAGCAGAUCCAUUUGUCACCACCCAGUGUCCCCCAGGCCCAGCAGGGCUCCCACCUCAACCACCUGCAAGGAUCAUCAGCCCCGAGGCUCUGGGUGCUAUUCCCAGUGUCCCUGAGGACAGAAGGACUCAUCCCUGCCUUCCCUGACUGCCCAGUCCAAGCCCACAGCCCUCAGGGGUUAACUGGGAGCACUGGGCAGGUGCUGCUGCCAUCUCAUGGAAAGCUGGGCUUAAAAAAGGCAAUUUUGGGUUAUGCUGCCAAGCAGAGCCCAGGAUUUAUCCAGCCUCUCCUGUGACCUCAAAUCCUCAAUCAAGUGUUUAUUCCCAUGGAUAAGGGAGGUGGGAUGGGGGCUGAGGGUGGCAGAAUAAUGGAAUCAUGGAAUCUCUAAGGCUGGAAAAGCCCUCUAAGGCCAUCAAAUCCAGAAAUUAACCCAGCACCACUGUGCUCACCACUAACCAAGUGCUGCAUCCACAUCUUCUGGACACUUCCAAGGAAAAGAACCCUCCUGCUCCUUCCUUCUCUCCUGCAGGGAUUUGGGAAGCAAACAAAAGCAGCCAGGAACUUUUGAGUUUAGUAAAAUCAUUUAUAUACAGGAUGGGUAAUAUUUACAAUGUAAUACUGAUCCAAAAGGAACUAACAGGGAACACUGAGAGGAGAAAUGAGAACAUUUUAACACACAGGAGUUAAACAUGGGGACAGACUCAGGUUUCCAAAAGAAAAUCCAGAAGUAAUGACAGCAAAACUUUGACAUGUUGCUAUUUCCAACCAAAAUCUCUUUCACUAAUCAGGUUCUCCUACUUUUAAUAUAUAUAGAAAAGCUUCAAAUAAUCAAGUCACAGGAGAAGUCAGUUAUACAGAAAAUUUUGAAAAGGUCAAAUGAUUUCAGACAUUUUUCUUCAUUUAAAUAAAAUUCUAAAAAAAACCCAAAACCCAGCAACCUCCAGAGCUUUCCCACAUAUUUUUAGUGUUUGUACAAAGAAAUUCUUCUUUGAUCCCACACUUCCAGCUCGAGAUAUUUACAAUAUUCACAAUCUGCUAUAAAGGAUCAGUAGAUUUAUUACCAAGUCAAGCUUCAGAGAGUCAAGACAAGGUGUCUUGCACUUGCUUCAACUGAAAAAUAAACUAAACACAGGAAGGAGAAAGUCAAAUGCUACUUUCAAACAUACAAAUGAAUCCAUUAAAGUUAUUGAACUUUGAAAUGUAAAACAGAACUUUUCCAAGAGUAAAAAAAUCAAAUUUCUCAUAGAAACAAAAUCAUUUGACCUUGAGUCUUCAAAUUGUGUUUUCUUAAUCUGUCCCUCCUCCCUCUGCUUCAAAUCAGGCCCUGAUUUACCACAGACAAGAAAAUGCAGAUUAAAUCCAUCAAAAGCCCUUGGAAAUUUGUACAAAUGUUCCCACCUCAGGAUCAGCAGCACUUAAGGGAUGAAGAAAAGGAGGAAUCCUCUAUCACACACCAGAUCCCACCUUCCCCUCUGCCUGCACUUCCAACAAAUUCUGACUCCAAAAAACUGCCUGAGGAUUUCCCUCCUGGGAGGGCAGAGUCACAAAGUGCUUUGGGAGGGGAUUUUUUUGCUCUGCCAUUCCAACAAAGGUGAUUUCCUUGUUUCCAUCUCUAUCUGCCACACUUGAAAGUUUCAAUUCCUCAGAAAGACAUGGAUUUCAAGUUCAAAAUGAAACCAUUCAAGACAUGACCUAGAAUUAGAGCAAGGACAGAAAUGCACGUAACAGGGCUUGGUGGUACAGCCAAAAAAUUGACAGAAACUCUCAUUUUUUGCUAAUUCUCUUCAGUUUUCAUCAACAGGUCAGUGCACAAAUAUUCCAGGUAGUGUCAGGAGUACAAGUGUAGCUCACAGAAACUCCCUGCUCCCAUCAGAGGAUGGAAAAGCAGGGACUGUUCCUACCCUGCAAUAGAUCAGGCAUUGGAAAACUGUCCACAGGAUUAAGGAAAGCUGACAGAGAACAGGAAACAAAGCAUCUCCUUCGUGUAGAAAAAACAAGUCAGUGUUUAGAAAAUUGUAUAGAAAGAGUCAGACACUGCUUUGCCAUCCAGCUAAAGCUGCAAGGAAAUUUUGGUAUAGAAAAGAGACAAAAAAAGAACAAGGCUGGACUUUUGUAGGAGAGAACUGGGAGAUUCAUGGCUCAGGUUUGUCAAUGUAAACCCAAAAAUGGAUGAGCUGUGAAAGACAACAACGUUCAGGAGUGGUCACUGAUGGCCCUGGGUUGGCACUUCAGUCUGCAGACCAAACUCAGCCGAUGUCUGCACGGAUUUGGUACCAAAAUAGCUCUAUAAAAAGCCUCCGCCCGAUCUCGAAAGAAAGAGAAGCAGAAAAGGUAGAAAACUAGAACUAUGUACAGAUUCUUGCCAUUGGUUUGCUUUAUCAGGAUUUAAAAAAGCAGCUUUUGGAGCCAAUGUUCCAGACUAGAGUAAGAACCUGCCCUGGGGAGCAGGGAGCAGCCCUGCAGUUGUGGCUCCCCCAAGAAGGAGCUCGAAGGCAUCAGAGAUGAGAAUUUGGGCUCCAGAGACAAAUCCCAGGGGGUUGAAAUCCCAGAGCACUGGGAGCAGCUCUGCCAAACAAGAGGACAAGUCAGAACCCAAGCCUUGGAUCUUCUAGGAAGGAAAGAAUGGGAAUAUGGGGGUGGAUCCCACACAAACAAAGCCCAGGCUGGUCUCGGUCCGUAGAAGAUCCCACCAUGGAAAUUAAAAGAACUUGUGCAUAAAGACUUGAACAUUCUUCUGUUCUGCUGUUGGACAAGGUGAGAAAAAGAAGAGUUUUGGGCUGAAUGGCUGAUUCAGCCUUAAAAAAGCUCUGAGGAAGAUGGGAGAAAUAAAAAGAGGAGGUUCAGCCUUAAAGAAGGUCUGAGGGAGAUGGGGAAGAUGACAAAAAAAGAGAGUCACUGCUCAGAACUGAAAAUUUCAGCAAGCACAUGGCCUCAGGUGCCUGGGCCAGACACCAAGCCAAGCUGAAGGGUAUUUAAUUGAUUUUUCUCUACCUUGGAAUUGAGGUGCCAAGGGGAGCUGUGAAUUUGCAUUUCACAGCACUUGCUUCAAGUACUCACUGAGCAGGGGCUUGAGAAACUGUGGCUCUCCUUCGUAUACAGUCACUGCAGGGGCUGGAUGUGGCAGGUGAAAGGCAGCUUCUGCAACUGGUUAUUAAGAAAAAGAAUGGUUUUUAACAAUAAAAUCCACCCCAUUUGUGGGGCUCAUGAUUAACAGUACAUAAGUGAUCAUAUAUACCUCGAGGAACUGAGUUUUAAAAAAAUAUUACAGUACCAAUGAUUUUUUUUUGUAUCUACAACUAUACAGCAUUUUCAAGCAGUAUGGAAAUUUAAUGAAAUAAUUAUGAUUUAUUAAUUUACAUAAAAAUACUUUUUACAGUUAAAGAAUAAAUCUUAAAUGGUAAAAAAAAUAAGAUUAAGAAGCUCCAGCUAUUGAGAGUCGUGGGAAUUUGUUUGCUCUUCAAUCACUUGUUUGACGAUUUCUGCCAGUUUUAGUCGAUCCACUUUGUCUGUGAAUCCUCUGCCUGGAAGGGGAAAAAAACAGGGAAUCAGUGGAGCUGGGCACAAGCAGGAAAUCAAUCCCAGCUGGAAAUAAACAGUGCUUCACACCACUUAAGGCAACAGCAGCACGGGAUCCAAAAGAAUUUACAAACCACGAAGGGAUAAACAGUGUCAAAACCUAAAUCAGCCCAAAUCCAAUAAAUUUGGGGUUAUUUCCACAUCAGGAGGUCUGUGCUUCCCCCUUUCCCACCUUCCCCGUGGGAGAGCAGCAAUUCUCACCAUUCCAGCUGAAGCUCUGCAGGGUGUCUCGCAGCAAUUUGCACUCCCUGUUGUAUUUCCAGGCCUCCUGCAUCACUUCAUUCAGCUUCUCAUCUUCAUUCUCUCCUGUUUGGGACAACAGAGGGACGCAGGAGGUUUGGACUCGUGCCUCACUCAGGGCUCAGCAAACUGGGCAGUUACUCCUACUGACCCCACACAAACAGGAAAUGGCCUUUAAACCAAAUAUUCCUGUUUGAAAGUUCUUCUAACAGCUCUGCGUGUCACUAAAAUUCCACAUGGACCCAAAUCCCAGCUCAGAGGCUGCCCAGGAGUUUUCUUCCUUCCUCACCACCGACACAGACAGACCCAAAGUCGGGGUCUUGCACUUUUAGGAAUAAAAGGUUCUUAAAAGUGGCAACCUUUACCAGCCUGUGGUAGAAUGCACUGAGCAAUCACAUCUCUCAGCUUCUCCAGAGCCACGUUGGAAUCGUUGCUUCCAUUCUCAGGGUCAUGGAUGUAAACACCAUCCUUUGGCUUGGUGCUGCACAAGAACAAGGGGGAAAUAAUUAGAAUUUGGGUGCAGCUCAAGCUCCUUACUUGUUGUGUAACUGCUCCAGUCUAACACAGCUCCUUCCCUCUCUGGGAAACUGGGAGACAGGUUCAGCAUUAAUUAUAAUUCUUGUCCUAUAUUAUGAGAUCAUUUUAAGUAUGGAGAAAAAGAAAUAUUCCUUUGAAUUACUUCAAAUAAGGGUAAUCCUAAAAUGUAUAAAUCUAUUUUUCAGAUUAACUCGAACAAAGAUAGAGUUUACCUGAUUUUUCAGUAAAUAAAUGUCAGGAUGAAAAAAAAUAUCUUGGAAUUCUUUCUCCCAGUCUGCCUUAUCUUACACAUGACCCAUCAUCCCAAAAGGAAUCUGUUCAAUGCAGGAACAGCGUCCACCCUCCUUCCUGCCCUCAUGGCACAUCUCGGCAGAAAAACCACACCGUGCCACUAUCCCUUGUCUGAGCAACACCAGAAGUGUGCUAAGCCAUCCCAGCUGAGCUGUGCCAUUCCCAAAGCCCUUUCCCAGGCAUCCCAGCUGGCUCCACGUUGUCCUGCAAGCCCAGCUCUGGAGUUACCCCAGGAGUUUCCGCUUGCGCAGGAUCGGGUUGUUCACGGAGUGAAGGGGCUUCAGGCUCACUUUCAGGUCUUGGAUUCUCAUGUUUGCAAGUUGUUCUGCAUGAGCCUGUUGGAUCCCUGCCACCAUGGCCUGGAAAGACAAAAAGGGCACUUGGUGCAACAAGACAUGGACAGUGUUUGCCAUGGGUGAAAAAAAGAGGCACAAAAAUCUGAUUUAGUUCGGAGCUGUGCAAGAAAAAUCAGGUUUGCAUGAAGGAAGGUAUGGUUAGAACUAAAAUCAGUGACAAAAUAUCCCUGGGGGAAACAGGACAAAGGAUCAUCUCCUCCUCAUGUUCACAAGACUGACUGAAAUCCUCUUGGAGCAGAAAUUAAAGGAAACAAGGAGUAUUUGUUUAAUUAGUGAGGUCAUUGCUGUAGUGGGGAUAAAACAUGGCAAAGGAGGAAAGAUCUAUGGAAGAUCCCUCAGGCUCUGCUUUCUGCCAUCAGCACUCUCAUUACACCAAUCUGGGAGCAUCUCCUUCAAGCCCAAAUUUCACAUUUUAUUUCCCUUUUCACUUCUGUUUCCCUUUUCUCCCUGCAAUCUCAGGCUCUCCUAAGGCAGAAGAGCAGCUCCUUAUCUGCAUAACCCCACAUCAAAAAAAGCCCUUCACCCAUCCCAGAGCUCUCCUGCUCCUCUGCAACAUUCCUGACCAAAAAACUGCUGCUCAGACCUUGUCCAUCAUCAGCUGGGCAGAGGGCAGGAUGUUGUCCAGGGCCUCAGUGGAAUUGAGCCAGGGAUGGUCCAACACCCCCUCAAUGGUCAGACGUUCCUCAGGUUUGACCUUCAGCAGCCUGGGGAGGAAAGAAUAAAUCCCUAAGAAGGGGGUUUGUUGAUUUACAGAGCAUUUAAGUAUUUUAAAGGCCAAAAAAGCAGCUUUGCCAAGAGCUCAAACUGCCCCAAAACAAAAUGAGGCCAAAAUCUGCCCCAGCUCCCUGACCUUGCUGUGUUCAAUGCUGUCACAGCUCAUCCAGGGCAAAGGAGGGUGCUAAAGGCAUUCCUGGGGUACCCCUGUGCUGCUGAAUUCCACAGCUGCUGCUCCCAGGUGGGAAUUCACCCUCCAGGGGAACUGGAAAUGAUCCAGGCUGGCACUUUGGAAAUGCACUCCCAGAGCAGGUUACACUCAUGCCAAGGACUGGGCAUGGAAACUCUGCAGGAUUCAUUGCUCCCACCACGCCACUCCUCAGCUUUUCACCCCCCUGCAAAGUCCUCAGGUAAUGAACACUUUGGUUCCAGCCCCUCAAAAUAAAAAGCAACUUUCUUCCAAGAUUGCUGAAAACUCCAUUAAAUCCAUUCUUUUCUAGCACAAAACCCUGGAAAGAUUUGCAGAUAAAUUUGUGUUCUCAUGAUGAGCACAACUAAAUAAAAAAAGCAAGAUUUCCCACAGAGUGCUGACAAGUCAUCCCAAAGUCUGAAUGAGAAUGGGAAUGACUCCAUGAGCUUGUCACACUUCCUUGGAGAACUCCAGAUCAGCUUCUUGGCUGCAGAGCACAAUUGUUUAAUGUACCAAGAAAGUGGAAAUAACUUGUACAAAAUGUCAGCAGCACCACGGGGGAGAGCAGAAAUCUCACUUGCUGCCAACCAGGUUAAGCUCACUUUUGAUACCAGCAUUCCUUUUCCACGCAUUCCCCAAAUCCUAAGCCUUUAGCAAACCCUCAUGAAGCCUGAGGUCAGAAAUCAGCCUGGAUCCAUGUGACAACAUCCUGAGAGCUGAGUUUCAUGGGAAUUUUGAAAGACAAUGAAACCUUUUGCCUGUGGAGUUUCUGUGUGAGAAUAAAGAGCUGACCUUGGUAUAAAGGGAAGUUAAUUUGGUGAAAGCUUGGGGGUUCUCCUGAACAGCUCUGAAAAGGUCCCAGCACCCUCUCCAAACAAUGUGAAUCCUUGGAGAAUUUACAGUACAUCUCAGGAGCCAGUGACACUUUUAAAUUACCUCCCCAACUGAUUUUUUUUCCCCCUAGUUAUAUUGCUUUUAUUCUCUCAGCUCCUCUGGUGAUGCAAAGGCAGUAAGUCCCUGUCAGUUUUUCAAAAAUAAGUGAGGUCAAGCCCUAAUCAGUGCCACGUUCUUGCUCCCAAACAGACCAAGUCUUUGAAACACUCCCAGCUGAGGGAUGUGCCCUGCAUGGAAAACAGACUCCAUUAGCAUUUGGAAUAAAACAUCCAUGCAAAACCUUAUCUGAGUCUGGCACCUCAUGACAGAUCUUAAUCUCCCUCUCCAUCCUCCUGCCUGACUCUUUUCAGGCUGUGCAUGAUGUGCACGGGGCUUAUGGGGACAGAUUUACCACAUCCCAUUAAAGGCACUUGAUUUUCACAGGAAUUCAAAUGUUAUCCCAGGAAAUCCAUGCCAGCUGUGUUAUCCUGAAACCCUUCAGUGCUCCCACUCUCCUUGAAGACUCAAUACACAAUUCACCCCAACAAAAGAGACAUCAACAUUAAACACUUGGGCAAGGGGAAAAAAAAAACCAAAAACAUUUCCCAGACCUGGUUUAUGCUGAAUGUAACAGAGAAUUUGUCAGCUGGGUGAGCUGCAGACAAUCCUCACUGCUGGGACAAGGCACUUCCAGGUGCUUUUCCACUUCCUUAACAUGGAAACAUUCCAAUUCCUUAACACAACCACAGAGCAACACCAGAUUUUCCUCCAAGGACUCACUUUCUCACAAUGUCUUUUGCCAUUUCUGAGAUCUGGCUCCACUCCUCCUCUGGGAACUCGAAGCUUCCUGUCAUGAUCUUUUUCCUCAUGUCCUUGGGAAUCGUCCGGCUGUGGUGCUUGGAGUAAAAGGGGGGGUACCCACACAGCAUCACGUAGAUAAUCACCCCCAGGGACCACAGGUCACAGCUCUGCAAGCAAGGAAAGGGUCACUCUGGGGAGCAGUUUGCAGUAAAUAAUGAGGGAGUUCUGAUAAAAGCUCUGUGUGAUUCCCUAAGGGAACAGAACCAGCUCAGCUUCUCCUCCAGAUCCACCUUGGGGGAUAAAUCUGGCUGCUGUGACAAGGCAGCUCCCUGCUCCAAGCUGAACAACUUCCAGGUGGUUGGGGAUUGUCUGGGAGCAGCCAGGGCUGCAGAGGUGUGAGAGCUUUAUUGCAUCUCUCAGGAUGCCUGAAUCCUUCCCCAAUCCCAUAAAAGAAUCCGGGUGUUUACAACGGGAGGCUGAAAACAGAACAGCCAUCCACCACAGGAACAGCAGGGAAAUGAAAUCAGAGCAGUCUGUGGGGCAGCCAGGAGCAGGACUGGCCUGCCAUGGAAGCACAGAGCACCUGGAAGCUCUCAGUGCCCAUCCUGGGCAGCCAGGUGAGUGCCAGGGGCUGCUUUUGCAGAAUCACACCCGGGGACAAGGCCCUUCCCUCAGCACCCUUCCACCCAGAGCCACCAGGGCUGACAGAGCAAUUCUGAACAUGGAAAGGAAAUCACUCCCACCCUGGAAACCCCAAAUCAAGGGACAAGAGAGAGAAGAAACUCCACAUGAAAACACCAUUGGCACAUUCUAUGGAGUCCAGAAGCAGAAUUGUCUGCUACAAUCACCAACCUGGCUCUGCAGGAUGGAGAGAGGCACUCAGAGCCCUGAGGAAGGCAGAUUUGUGAUGCAGACUAAUUAAUAUUUGCUUUAACUGUCUCCAUGAGGCUACUAAAUGCUACCACUGCAUAUCAAAUACCUGCUCAGGCACGUGGUGGAAUAAACAACCACCCCUAGAGCUGGAAUCAGGGCAGAUCCUCACCCUGGGAUCACAAACCAGAUAACUGGAAUUAAAACUGACACACCCUGAACACUCAGUGGUUCAAGCACUGCUCAGCCAGCAGGAAACUGUGAUGAUAAAGAGGAAAACAUUUUGAAAUACCCAAAAAAGAUGAUGACCUUUCAGGACAUUUCCUGCCAUGAUUUUGCCAAGAUUCCAGCAGUUACACAAUAAAUUCUUGGUUGUUUUCCAGAAGAUGCAGGUACAGAGCAGUUUCUGGCACAGCUGCCUGAACAAGGAAUGCUCUGCGCAUCCAGAAACUCUGGCAGCAGGAAAGAGAUUCCCUUUGAGCAGAGGUGAAAGGACUUCCCUCAUGGCCUCACUCCAGCAGAGUCCUUCUACUCUCUCCAAAACCUUGCUCACAUUUAGUGCUCCUUAAGAGAAUUUGUGUCUUUAUCCCCCUUCAUUAGAGGAUCAUUAAUUAGGUUUGCACUCAGUGUGCAUUUAUUAUUUGCUCUAUCAGAAGCACCAGUGGGGUGGGGAAGAUUUUUAAAGAUGUUUCCCAGCUCACCUUGUUGUAAGUGUAAGGGGUUGGAGAGGUGGGGAUAAUACCAGACUUUUCUUUCUGAUGUCUUCUUUGUGCCUCCAAUACCUGGUGAGAAGGGAAAUAAAAACAAAGAAAAAUCCAUCUCAUGGACAGGCAACACACCCAGCAAAGCCUAUGCCAAAGAUUCCUGAUGAUUUUCCAUCCAGGAAACUUAUGAAACUGAAGACUACCAAAAUCCAGUUUUUCUCCCUAAGAAACACUAGAGCUUUCUACAUGGGGAAAAUACUAAAAUACAGAAUAUUUCAGGCACUGAAAUCUCCAGUUCUGCCUGAAUUAAAGCAGUUGCUCAGAGCCUCCAACCCCUCCAUGCUUGGAACCAGAGCUGAAGUGUGUCUGGAGGGUAACCCAAGCUCAGAGCUGUCCCUUUCUGCCUGUCCCAGCACAAACCCUAUCACACGUGUCCCUUGCUGGCCCAGUCUGUGGGUUUGGGCUGCAGGGAGCCCCAGCAGGCUCCAGCUGGGAAGGAAUUUUAUGAAUUUUCAGGGCAUGCUCUGAUCUCUGAAUUGCUCUUCCCAGUGAUUAAAGGCAGCCCAGCACUGCAAUUAAAUCUCCAUCUGCAGCUGCUUUUCAUUUUCUCCAGGACUCCAGCACAAAGGACAGGAGAGAGGGGGAAAGCAGCACUACAAAGAGCAGCCUGUGUGUAAUUACAGAUUGUGUUUAAUGACUGAGGGGCCAGGCCAAGUGCCCAGGUACCAACCCUCUGCCACUGCCCUUUGUGAGCAACCUUUUCAGAGCCUUUUUCUUCCAGCCAAGUCCUUUUUAAUGGGAUCCUGAAUGAGCCUGAGCUGGAGGAAGGGUGGCAAAGCAGGGAUUUCUCCAAAGCAGCUGCUUUAAGACAGCUAAAGGCCAACUGUCACCAGCAGUGCUGAGCAGUCUGGGAAAUUUGCCUUAUCAACAGAUCCCUGUGGCACUCCAGCUCAGAGGGGAGGGAUUCCUGCAAGAUUCCUGCUCUCAGAGCCCUCCCAGGGCAGCAAAGGGGGUUCAAAUGAUGGGGAUAUGGAGGCUCAGGCAAGAAAUGAUCCCCCUGCAGCCCAGAGCAGGAACUGGUUGUUACCUGAGGUGCUACAUAAUAGGGAGUGAACUGGGGUGUCAUCAAGUCACCUUGGUCUACUUUGGCAAAGCCAAAGUCACACAAUUUAACAGGUGCAUCCUAAAACAAGGAGAAGAGGCUUUAUUAGACAAAUCUCAUUAAAUCAGCUUUUCUAACACAGAAUCCUCAUCUCACCUUCUCCAAACAUCCACCUCAUUGUAUUUAUACCCUCACACUCCACCAGGCAGCUGAAAGGUCACAAAGUGAUCCCUCAAAACAGAAGUUUUGCUCUUCUGGGUGCUCUGGGCCAGGAACAGCCCCCUCAGGGACUGGGAAAGCACUGAGCCCCUUGUAGGGGAUCACUGCACAUCCAGGCUGGUGGUGAGCAGGAGGGACAAAGAAUUGUUUGGAUCUACCAAAGCACCUCUAGGCAGAGGGUCAGAACAUCCUGGAGUCUGAGUUCAGGUGGAGAACCUGACUCCUGCAAGGAGAUCAGGGGAUGGAAAAGCACCAAGUCCAUCCAGGUGAUUCCAUUUUGUCACCAAACCAUUCAUGUCAUUUUGCCACUACUCUGAGAGUCACCCUUGAGCCACCUGACAGAAUUCAGCAGCAAAAGAAUUGCAAAUGUUCAUCUUACCAGAGAGUUAUCCUUGAAGAGGAGAUUCUCAGGCUUGAGGUCUCUGUGUGCAAUGUUUAGUGAGUGGCAAUGCUGCAAAGCCAAAGCUAUCUGGAAAAGGGCACAAUAAAUCAGCUACAAUCACUGACCUCCUCCUGCAGCCUGGACAUUUAUUUCAGCUUUACAAAGGACAUUUCCAACCCCAAACCUUUGCACUCCACUUGGGUGGAGAUCUCCUUUAGGACAAGUGAAGUGACAGCUGGGACAUGAAUCCCACAGAAAACAAAAGGCAGGCUGGCCUGGGCUCCCCAACCUCCUCAGUUUGGAACUCAAGGCACUGAGAGCCCCCCAAAGUGAAGGGGUGGUGCCAGUGCCCCUCCCCUGCUGUGCCAGGGCUCCAGGGUGCUGCCCCUGCCCAGCAGGGAGUUCUUGCUUCAGGAUUCCAGGGAAUCACUCAGUGCACUUCUCCCUGCCUGCAGAUCCCACACUCAGGCAGUUCUGUUCUUUCAUUUUGGAUGGCACUGCCUGCACUUCAGCCAUUCCGUGGAUAUCCCACAGAAAUGCAUUCCUGGAUUGUUUCAAGGAUGCUUUGGGAACCUGCAGUCCAGGCAGGAAAAGCUCCAGGGACUGCACAUUUCCAAGUGCAAUUCAUUUAAAGAAAAGCCAAGUAUAAAUAUUUAAACAGCAUUCCUGAAUCAGAAGUGAGGCACAGCCUCACAACCCUUAUUUGGAAGCAUCCCUGCUGGAUUCUGUAGGAUCCUACCCAAGUUUAGAGUCCUUAAAAACCUCCAAAUUACUGCCACAAGAGAACUUCACUGCUAAUUUAGCUCAGCAAUAAAUACAAACACAUUCCCAGAGAAAAUGAGGCAGUGCUGUGAAAAGCUUUAACCAUUCCUGGGUACAAGACAAGGAUGAAGAACCACCACAGGAAAGAAUUUUAGAGACAUUUUCACAUUUCAAACUUCAUUUCUAUAAACAUUAAAGCAAAGAGUUACUUGAGACAUGAAUAACCCAAGUGUACACACAGAAUUCAAACCAAAGUCUUGACUCCUGCUGAAGUUUUACAAGUGUUCCCCACCAUGUCAGAAUCAAACAGCCCAAAGGAUGUCACACAAACUGUCAAGAAUAAUUCUGCACUUCCACCUCAUUUCUUUGUUGGAUGAGACCAAAAAGUACCAGCACAAUUAGCAUUUCAUUAGAAACAAGUCAAAGCACAAAAGUAACACAAUUUUUUUGCCCCAGGUUCAAACAUUCUCUCUCCAGCUGAGGGGAACUGGGGAUCCCAGCACUGAAUUCCACAGAGAUCCUUCUGAGAGUCCCCACCAGCAACACAAAACCUGAUGGACACCAAAACCCCCUGCAGAAACCACCAUGAAGGUUAUAAAAUCAUUCAGGAGUGAGCUGGGAGAGAAAAGGUGAAGGAAAAACAACAUUGGAACAAACAGACACAAAAUCAGAACAGACAGACACAUUCCUUGGUGUCUUCCAAGAACCCAGCCUGAAAACCCCUGGCCCAGAGGAGAGAAAUGCCAAGGGGGUCACGGGGUUCCAGAGCUCAGCAGUCCUGCUGGAGGCAACACUUUUAGGACAAGAAGAAUGACAAAAUUCUCUUGGAAGUCUUCUCUAGAGCAGGUGUGGAAAAGCAAUGUUAAGCACAGAGAACAAGCCCACACCUUCCAUCCUUUAUUCCUAGUAAAGCUUUGGCAUUGUCACUUAUAACAAAGCAGGCAAUGAUCAUCGGAUCAGAACUGAGGAAUCUUUUAAUUCAUCCUUUUUCCCCACCCUUCCAGCCCCAGGAAUUGUCCCUACUUUAGCCAGAGCAUGAUGGAUUUGCUGGGACAGGGGGUGACUUGCCUGCUUUGUUACUUGGCUCGCUUGCUUCUCAGUAAAGUGCCGGUGCUGGCUGAUUCUGUGGAAGAGCUCUCCCCCUUCCAUCAUCUCCAUUACAAUUAGGAGCCGAGCCCUGUUCAAAAGCAUUUCAUGUUGUUACAUUAAAAAAUCAUCCAAAAGAACAGAAUUGCUAAGCUAAGAAUGCAUAUUUCACACAAACACUGCUUUCUCUGUGCUGCUUUUGGGGCUAUUUUGGUGCUGUCGUUUUGCCUUCGAGUUUAAAAUGCUCAGGGAUUUUCUGGCUCCCAGGAAUCUCCAGUUUGCUGCUCCUGAUGGGCUCCCACAUCCAGCAGGAACAAACUGGACAUGGAUACAGCCAGCUCCACCCUGGAUGGAGCUGGAAGCCAUGUGGACACUCUGCCCUCGAGGAUUACACAGCACGUGGAUGCCUUUGAGUCUGGAUCCACCAUUAUUUUAAUUUCCAGCUAAACUGCCAUAAGUAUGAAGGAUAAAAAAUAGGAAGGUGGAGAUCAGGGCUGCCAGAUCCUCAAGGAAUUAAUUCCCAGUUCCCAUCACAGCAAAAUCAGCUACACCAGAGCCUAGGACAGGUCUCAGCUCUUUCAUUCUCCCAGCUCUGAUGAUUUUCUCCACUAAGAUCCUAUCAGAAGACAGUAUUUUUAUCCAAAUAUUAUAAUGUACAAAAAAGUCACUCUGCUCCAUGUUUUCCUGUGUUCAUUUUAAGCAGGACAAUGCACUGAGAGUUUUCAGGGCUGAAUUUCAUAUUUUUAGAAACAACUCUUUCACACAAUGAAGACUGAAUCAAUGGAAAACCUAAAAAAAUGGAGAUGCAUUCAACACAGGGAAUAAAGGAGGCAAAAUAAUUCAAAUACACAAAAGUCAGGGGAAAAAAAACAAGAGCUGCUUGGUCUGCAGGAUAAUUAUUACACCUGGGACCCCCUUGAAAUAAUAAUUUUGUGAUUAAAACCAAAGCAAAGCAAAGCAAACUCCACUAUACCUUGGGCUAAACAUGGAAAACAAGCGGUGGGAAUGAACCACCCUAAGUAAUCUUACCUGGGGCUGGACUCAUGUGGGAACUGCACACUGUUAGCAUAAACUUCAAUUAUUUGAACAAUAUUGGGAUGGGUUGCACACAUCAUGUGCAGACGUACCUUGAAGAGAAGGGAAGAGCUGUUACUGCACACAGGGACAGGCACUGAGCCCUGCUGAGCUCGGGAUAAAAACACCCCAGAUUUGUGGCAGGUUAUGGAACCCCACACAGGGCUCUGGGAAAAGCUCAGAGUUCUUUACAGAAAUGUGAAGAACCAGCUUUAAAGGAGCAAUGUAGCACUUUAAUUGAAGUGAAAAUGAAUGAAUAAACCCUAAAAUUCCAUCAUCUGGUGCUUUCAUGGCUGAGCACUCACAACAGCUGGAACAGCUGAAUUAAAGCAGCUGCUCAGGGCCUCCAACCCCUCCAGAACCUGAAGUGUGUCUGGAGGGUAACCCAAGCUCAGAGCUGUCCCUUUCUGCCUCUCCCAGCACAAACCCCAUCAAAUGUGUCCCAGGCUGUGGGUUUGGGCUGCAGGGAGCCCCAGCAGGCUCCAGCUGGGAAGGAAUUGGGACCUCCUGUCCCAACAUUCAGGAAUUUCCCCCACCUCAAAGCUCCCUGAGCUGCUCAAUCAAGCCAAGUCUUGGUGCUUUUUGUACACAGGUGAUUUUUAUGGGAAUUUUAAAGGAGAAUUUGCUGAGUAACAAGAAAUGGAAGUUGCUUAAACCUCGAGGAUGAUUAAUCCUUCUUUAAAUUCCCCACUGCCUGGAGGAGUGCCCAUCAUUCCACAGUUUGGCACCUCAAGAAUUCCCAACCUGUGUCAGGAGCUGCUUUAGGUCCUGGCACAUGGAAAAAAUCCAUUUCCAGAACAACUUGAAGCAUUCUGGGAGCAGUGACAUCCAAGAGUGAGACGUGUGGCAACAAAAUUGCCUCUCAAACUGCUUCUGUUCCAUGAGAAGAACAGCUUGAAAACACAGCUCAAUUCAUUACAAAUAAAUCUCUGGAUGCACAGCCAGCAAAUGGGGGUUUGGGGGUGGGUUUUUAUGUCUAAAACAUCCCAAGAAGUGAAGGUUUUUUGGAGAGAAAAGCAGGACUGUACCUCAUUUCGAGCUUUUGGACGAUCGAGGAGGAUUUUCAGUGCAAAGCGCUCUUGGGAGGAUUUUUUCAUGCAGACUCUGGUAUUACAGCAACAAAACCAUCCAGUCAGCAAGGAGGUGAAAAAGAAACAUCUGAAGCCAUUGAUUUGUAGCUCUGAGUUGGCCUCCCCACGUGGGAACUGCCAGGAAUGCCCCCAGUCUGGGAUACAUCCCAGCUCUGACCCGAAAUUCAGCCUCAGGAGGGAUUUUGGGUGGGAAUAACCCCAAGCACACCUGAACACCCCCAGUGGUGCUGGGAUAAGUGAAGUGUUUGGAAUGGAUAAGUGGCUUGGGAAGGAAAUCCUCAUUUUGGCUGAAUUUUUGCCUUAUUUUCCUCCCUCAUUUAACAAUUGAGGAAAGGGCCCAUGUUUGAAGAGGCAGCCAAAAGAACAAAGCACAAAAUAUAAAUACAAAUAUAAAUGAAACAACCCAAAAAGGAUGAGGAGAACCCAGACAGGAAGAUAAAUGAUGGGAAACAGAAAGGGAACACCCAGGAACAGCAGAACAGGGGUUUUCCAGCCCAAAUUCCCAUUUUCUGAAGGGAGAGCUUUGUUGGAAAGGUGUUUUCCUUCUCAGAAAACAUCCAGGGGUUAAAAAUCCAUGAGGAGCAGGGCUGGGAUGCAAAACCAGUGGAAAAGCUGGACAAACAAGUGGGAAAGCAGGGAGGGGGCAGUGCAGGGGCUCAUUUUCCAUGUUUCCAUCAUCAUUUUUAGUAAAAUACUCACAGGGACCAUCCUGGGCUGUUCCCUUACCUAACAGGCCCACUGAUCCCAGCUCCCAGCUUCUGAGUCCAGUUUAUGUUGUAUUCCUCUAAAAUGGAGGUUUCCUGUCCAGGAAGGAGCAGCAGGAGGGAAAACACAGUCAGUAAAUACAAAAUAAAUAAAAAAUUUAAAAAAAAAAA